AUUGCGCGGACGCUGAUGCGCCAGUUCGGGCUGAUGCUCAGCACCAAGAACUUCCGCACGGACGUGAUUGUGGCAAGCGGACAGGAGGUGUACGUCUACGAGCACAUCUACGAGUCGAUCAAUCAACUGGCAGAGAACAGAGCCGGCGGACUGUGGCUGCCGGACGAGCUCAGCCGCUUCCUACAGAAGGCCAAGCAGUACCGAGAGCUGUUCCCCCAAAGCCAAGAUGUGUAUUUCAAGCGGAUUCAAUUUUGGGGCAAAUCGGUUGCAGAAACAAAGAGCAAGUUUUAUGCGCUGCGCGACAUAUACAUUAAGGAGAAGCGUCGGGGAAUCGAAAACCGACGCUACGAGCUGCUGAAAGAGAUAUUCGCCGAUGUGCCUCCGCGGCGAACAGAAAAUGUUGACGUGCCCAGCAAGGCUCCCAAGUUAUGGUCAUCGGAAGACAUGGAGAAGCUCGUUGACUUUCUGGUUCGAAUCACCCAUGAGAUCCAGACAACUGGAAGCUCGGACCUUGUGAAACACGUUGCGGAAGCGUUGCACCGAACCGAUGGAUCCUGCAUGAAUAAGCUAACCGACAUGAGGGACAAAUUCCGGAAAAAAUCGGCAUCAGUUCGCGCUGCAAGUACGUGCUCGGUUGCUUUCUUGUACUUUUGA